AAUUCCUUUGCAGAGAGAGACGAUGAAGAACCCAAAGCGCGAAGAAGAGAAACACGAAGGGUUUAUAUUUUCGCUCGCAUUUCUUUAUCGGCUGCUCUGUAACACCACAUUGUCUUGCUCAGAAUUUUGAACCAUUUGAGGGCCACUUUUACUGGCUACAUAAGCUGGAACACUUCAUGUGUUUCCUAAAAAAUGGCAAUGAAGCCAUCAAAUAACAUCUGGAUUCGACGCCAACAGUGCCCAUGUGGAGAUUGGAAGUGUUACAUUCAGUAUGAAGGAGAUGAUCUGGGCUCAGUAAGUUCUCAGCAUGUAAAGAGUGAGACAACUCCAUCUUCGUCAUCAUCAGAAGCUGUCUUCACUCCUUAUGUUGGUCAAAUUUUCAAAACUGAUGAUGAUGCUUUUGAAUACUACAGCAAUUUUGCCCGGAAGAAUGGGUUUUCAAUUAGAAAAGCACGCUCAACUGAAAGCCAAAACUUAGGGAUAUAUAGACGAGAUUUUGUUUGUUAUCGGUCAGGAUUUAAUCAACCAAGAAAAAAGGCCAACGUGGAGCAUCCCAGGGACAGAAAAUCAGUACGAUGCGGAUGCGGUGCAAAGUUGUAUUUGACAAAGGAAAUUGUUGAUGGUGUUAUGCAAUGGUAUGUUUCACAGUUUAGUAACGUUCAUAACCAUGAGUUAUUGGAAGAUGACCAAGUGCGCCUACUUCCUGCAUAUCGUAAAAUACAAGAGGUUGAUCAAGAACGGAUUCUUUUACUGUCCAAAGCUGGGUUUCCUGUAAACCGGAUAGUCAAGGUGUUGGAGCUAGAAAAGGGAGUUCAACCUGGACAGUUGCCCUUCAUAGAGAAAGAUGUUAGGAAUUUUGUUCGGACUUGUAAAAAGACAGUUCAAGAAAAUGAUGCUUUGCUCAAUGAGAAAAGAGAGAACGAUAUGCUAGAACUUCUUGAGGCCUGCAAGGCUAUGACUGGGAGGGAUCCAGAUUUUGUAUAUGAUUAUACUAUAGAUGAAAAUGAAAAGGUUGAAAACAUUGCAUGGUCGUUUGGUGACUCCAUUCGUGCAUAUACUAUUUUUGGUGAUGUAGUUGCUUUUGACACUACGUAUCGAUCUGUGACUUAUGGAUUGCUCCUUGGAGUGUGGUUUGGUAUUGAUAAUCAUGGCAAGGCAAUUUUCUUAGGGUGUGUGCUACUACAAGAUGAAAGCUCUCAUUCAUUUGCUUGGGCUUUACAGGCUUUUAUGCGAUUUAUGAGAGGAAGGCAUCCACAGACUAUUCUUACAGAUAUAGACUCGGGGCUCAGAGAUGCUAUAGCAAGGGAAUUGCCAAAUACAAAACAUGUUCUGUGUAUAUGGCAUAUUUUAUCCAAAAUAUCCAGUUGGUUCUCUUUGCCCCUUGGAUCACAGUACGAAAAUUUUAAAACCGAGUUUGAUAUGUUGUCUCAACUGGAGAGUGUUGAAGAUUUUGAACAUCAAUGGAAUAUUUUGGUUGCUCGGUUUGGCCUUGUAUCCGAUAAGCAUAUAGCUCUGUUGUAUUCAUAUCGAGCAUCCUGGACAUUUUCUUACAUUAGAAGUUACUUUCUCGCUCGUACACUGACAGCUGAGUUUUCACUGUCUUUGGAGUCAUUCUUGAAAAGAAUAUUGAAUGGACAGACAUGUCUGCAAGUAUUCUUUGAGCAGGUUAGUAUUGCUGCCAACUUAGAGAAUCAGACCAGAGAAGGGAUGCAAUAUAUGCAUGUCAAGACGGGCAUGCCUCUUGAAGAACAUGCACGGAAUAUUCUUACACCUUAUGCUUUCAAUGUCUUACAACACGAAAUUGUUCUGUCUGUGCAAUAUGCAACAACAGAAAUGGCAAAUGGAUCGUAUCUUGUGCGACACUACAAGAAAUUGGAUGGAGAAUGUCUUGUCAUUUGGAUGCCAGAUGAUGAGCAAAUUCACUGUUCUUGUAAGGAAUUUGAGCAUUCUGGGAUUUUAUGCAGGCAUUCCCUUCGUGUACUUGUAGUGAAGAACUACUUUCAACUCCCAGAAAAAUAUUUUCCGCUCCGUUGGCGGGUAGAAAGUUCAUUGGUUUCUGUGGAUGAUCAAAAUGCUCAAAUCAGCAGCGACGGUGGUGCUCAGGCCUUCCACAGUCUUACUGCUAGUUUAUUGACAGAGUCCUUAAUCUCCAAGGACAGAUUCAAUUAUGUCCAUAACGAACUUACAAGUCUUCUUGAGCAUGUUAGAAAUAUGCCAGUAAUCGACGAAUAUGCUGCGAAUGCAGCAGCUAAUAACAUCAGUGAAUUGUAGUCGGCUUGGUUUAGCAGUUAAUAUAGAUGCUGCACUGUGACCUUUGUUCAAAAGAUUCAGAAUCUCUGGAAGAUGAAAUGAGGCGGUGUGGAAGGCAUCAAAUUGUAGUCAUUAACAUUAAUAAGCUCACACUCUGGAACAUUUGCAAACAAGUGAUAAAGAAACAGCAAUACAAAUAUUUUAUCAACCCUAGCAAGCCAGCUCAGAUUGCCUGGAUGGGUGUCAUUCUUUCAUUGUAUUUACUUCAAGUUUCAGGAAAUGUUGGAAUGAGGUAAGCGGAAGCUGGUCACUUUCAGUGUAAAAUGUAAGUUUGCAGUUUAUUCAAGUCCCCUUAACAAUGUAAAUUUGGACAAAUGGUGUUUGGAAACUGACCUCAAUUUAGUGUUAAGUUAUCCUAAUUUCCUCAUAAUCUUGAUGAUGCAGUUGUAUUGAAAUGAUUAUGCAAAA